GAUUUCUAUUACAAUAGUCCAUUGUUCAUCAUAGAUGUGGCAACAUACAUAAUCUCUGGUAUCGGCCUUCCUUUGACCCUGGUUGCCAUCUAUACCCUGUAUUCUGAGUCUGAUGGUCAGCGUCUGCUUCAUGGUGUGUAUCGCCCUGGAAAGGUUUUUGGUCAUUGUCUGUCCACUGUGGUACCGCUGCAGACGAUCCAUAAAGAGCUCUGUGCUGAUCUGUGUCCUGGUCUGGGUUGUUCCUCCUGUGAUUUUCUUUUUACAUAUAUUUAGGAGGAAUCCAUUACCCAUCUUCCUCCUCCUUCCCUUCCCACUGUUCAUAUUCUUCCUUGUUGGGGUCCUGAAAGCUCUGUCUGCUUCCAUCUCCGUCCCCUCUGAUGAAAAACGACGAAUUGUGGGAAUUUUGGUUCUGGUGCUGCUUAUUUACACACUGCUGUUCCUGCCAUUCAUUAUUUGGAUGCUGAGACAGAUAUAUAACGGUACCCUCUACAACCUGAGUUUGAUGUUUGUUAGGUUGAGUCCUCUUGCAGACUUGGUUCUGUAUAUUUUCAUGAGGAAGGGGAUCAUAGAAAAGAUUUUGGCCUCUGUGUGUUGUUGCAGAAAGGACAGCAAUGAUAUCAGCAGUUCAUCAGUGUGAGAGAGAGAGAGAGAGAGAGAGAGAGAGAGAGAGAGACAGAGACAGAGAGAGAGAGAGAGAGAGAGAGAGAGAGAGACAGA